CUCCCGCCGCCUGCCGCCCGCGGACUCGGCCGCUCCCGGUCCUUCCCGACCCCUCCGGCCGCCGCGCGCGCCGGGCUCCCCACGCCAGCCCCGGGCGCGCUCACGUGGUCCCGAGCGGCCGCCGAGCCGCCGCCAAAAUGGCAGCGCGGCGCUUCCCCAGCCGGGUCACGGCGUCCCCGCGCAUGCGCCACGGCCUCGCGCCGGCCCCGCCCCGCCAAUUGUGUAGGCUCUGCCGCGGAGCCGGGGCCUGCCCGGGGUGGAUCCGGAGCGGCGGCGGCACUGCUCGGUGCCGGCAGCGGGCGGGGAAGAGCGGGCAGCCAUGGAGUCGCGCAGGAUCCGCCCGGUCUUGCGUGGCGGAGCUCACCCGCCUGGGCGUCGGGGCACGGGCGGGGCGGGGUGGUCCCACCCCCGCAGGCGGAGCCGGGUCCGGUCGACAAGAUGGCGGCGGGCCUGAGGGCGCUGAGGCGCUGGGGGUCGGUGGUGGCAGCAGCACCGCCCAGCCUUGGUGAGCGGCGGUGGCGGGCUUUUACUCGUUCUGCAUUUGUUGUGAAGAAAGUGAAUAAUGCCCAACCAAACUGGCUGGGAGUUGGCUUGGCAUUUGGCACCAGUGCUGCCUUGUGGGCUCUGCUUGUCAAGCAGCAUAAUGAAGAUGUAAUGGAAUAUGAAAGAAGAAAACAAGCGAGAGGACAUAAGUGUAGAGAAUGUUCAUAGCUGAUGACACGGUCACAGAGAUGUGCACUACAGGGCCGAGUGUAUGUGGUCGUUGUCCUACGAAUAAAUGAGCACAGAAGAAGUAAAAAGUUACCUAAUUGCUUGCAUGUUCAUACAUUUCAUGUGCAUAAUUAAAAAUAAAUUAUAAAGUCUAGAAGAAACCUGAAA